AUGCUACGCCACGCCGCUGUCCGGGACUACGACCCUCAUGAUGGCGAGAACGCGAUGUGGCUCACCCCGGGAGUGCACAAACUUGAGCUGGUCCCUGGGACGGCUCGUCUUGAUGUGACGCUUCACGAAUAUGACCUCAUCGAGGAGGACAUGCUGUCGCGCAACUCCAACGGCGAGGAAGGAGUCAUAAUAUAUCGUGCCGUCCUCAACGCUGUCUCGCAUACCGUGGACGAUGUCAAAGUUGUCGUCAAAGUUGCUAUAACCCCGUCCGGCUAUAACAAGCUUCUGAAGGAGGGCCGGCUUUACGCUACCGAUAGCCUGGCACCGCUUCAAGGCGAUAUCGUCCCCCUGAGCUACGGCGUCCAUCGGGUGACCAAUGGCAUUGGAGACGAAGCCUUGGGCUGCUUAGUGCUCCAAGACUGCGGCGAGCCCUUAGAGAGUCUGAAUCAGACAGAGCAUCACUUCGAGGACCUGGCCGUCCAAGCACUCGUGCGGCUGCAUGAUGCCGGUAUUCGCCACAACGCCUUGUUCGCCAAUCAUAUACUCGAUAAUGGCGGCAAGCCGUUUUUUGUGGACUUCGCCGAUGCAGAAGAGUCGACGUGCAAGCGCAUCUUCAAGGAUAUACCAGAAAGAGGCGCCGUCGCGCCCGACAAGUCGACUUUCGGCUGCGCCGAGAUAUAUGCUUUCUGUCAAAGGCUGAAGUUCUGGAAGGAGGUUGUAGACACCUUCGACGCCAAGGGUGGGCCCGUGAGCACGACCUGGGUUGAUGAUCCAGCAGGACUUGCGCAUCUUCUUCUGGAACGCUAUAGUACCAUGACGCCCGCGAUGGCUCUAGAGGAGGCGUAUCGAUCCAUCAUUAAGUAUUGCGCCGUUGCGAUGCCAGACAGAGCGGAAGAGUACCGAGAGCUGGUACAAGGGGAGGAGUUCAAGGACGCAUGCAGACAGUAUGCAGAGGCUCGUGGCAUGGUCGAAUAA